ACAGUAGCCUGGAAGGGAGCGGCCAUUUUUAUAAAGCAGGAAGUGAGUAGUGCACACCAAAGUGAUCAUGGCAGAUAACUACAGGGACUAUAAUCUGACAGCAGACCAGCACGCCAUUAAAGCCAAGUACCCGCCCCUCACUAAGAAAUAUGAGUAUCUGGAUCACACCGCUGACGUGCAGUUACAUGCCUGGGGAGAUACUUUGGAAGAGACAUUUGAGCAAUGUGCUAUGGCCAUGUUUGGCUACAUGACGGAUACAGAGACCGUUGAACCCUUGGAUACUAUAGAAGUGGAGGCAGAAGGACAUGACCUCCUUUCUCUUCUCUAUAACUUCUUGAAUGAGUGGCUGUAUACAUUCAGUGCUGACCAGUUCUUCGUACCCAGGGAAGUGAAAGUGCUUAACAUUGACCGAAUGAGGUACAAAAUAAGGUCCAUUGGGUGGGGAGAAGAGUUCUCUUUAUCCAAACACCCUCAGGGUACUGAGGUCAAGGCAAUAACUUAUUCAGCAAUGCAGAUCCAUGAAGAAGAGACUCCAGAAGUGUUUGUCAUCAUUGAUAUAUAAAACAAGAAGAGAACUGCUGAAGGGAGUGAAUACUUGUCAUUGCUGGCAAAGGUCCCACACAGACUCUGUCAUCUCUCUGGAAAUAUUGGCUAUAAAUGUAUUGUAAUACUUGGAGCCAAUAAGAUGCUCCAUCAGCUGGGAGGAGGAAUCACGGGGAAUAGCCACCUAUGAUUCCAUCUGAGGAUGGUGAACCAGGCUGGGAACUGCAUCUCUAGAAAGGAGAGCUAGGUUUCUCUGGUGAGAAGAAAGGGAUUUAUAGGGAAUCUCUCAGUAGCACUGGAUACUUUAUAUUGAUUUUUAAAGGCCAGCAUUGGUACUGGGUUCCUUUUGAAUGUAGGUGGUGGAAAUCAAAAGGGGAUAAUUAUUAAUAAUUUUUAUUAGCCAAAAAUAUAUUUUAUUGAGAUAUCAGGAGAGUGAGAAGACUACAUUGUAAUAGAUCUGCACACUUUUGCUUUCUUUUAGAGAAACUACCUCUCCUCUGUUUUGCUCAUUCCAAAGUGGCCUCUCUGUUUGACAUUAUUUAAAGCCUCUGAGGGUAUGUCUACACAGCAAAGUAAAACCCACAGCUGGGCCAUGCCAGCCAACUCAGGCUCUCGGUGCGGGGGUGUUUCACUGCUGUGUAGACUUUCGGGAUGGCGCCCAGGCUCUGGGACCCUCCUAACUCACAGGGUCCCAGAGCUUGGGCCCCAGCUGAAGCCUGGAAAUCUAUACAGCAGUGAAAGAGCCCCACGAGCCUGAGUUGGCUGACACAGGUCAGCCACAGUGGCUAGCUGGGGUGUAGACGUACCCUGAGAUCUCUGCUGCUAGUCUGGUCUAAUUAAUGAGUUUUAACAUGGUAAAUCCUUUGACGUGUCUGUGGUAAAAUGACAAGAUGCCACUAGGUGGUGCUGGAUCUCUAUAGAAUACUGGUAUAGUGAAGCGUGUGUCUAUGAGUGUUGCUAUGAGCUCGGAUCAAGUGUAGUACUAAUAUUUCCUCCUGCCCUUCCCACAAGUAGAGGCUGCAUUCCGCAUUUCUGGAGUAGAAGGCAGCCUACCUGGAUCUGCAUGUCCCAGAAUAAUUAGAUCUUGGAAUAUGAAGGGCACGUCUCUCCUGUUCCAGUGAUGGCAGUCAGUAAACUGGCGGCUGCUUCUUUCGUAAGACAAGACUGUAGAAACAGUACAGAACAUUCUUCCACUGUUGGACAAUGCAUUGUAAUGCAGGAGGCAAACUCUGGCUGAACACCUUUCCUGCAGAGAGGUGUAUGUAAACUUCACCUUUCUUCAUUGUGCUACACAGUUCUGAGCCCUUGCACGUAAACAGUGCGGGAGGUUCCUUUGCCUUUCUUUAAAUGCGAAGAUAUAUUUUGGGUUGGCCUUUUACCAGCAAGGGAUGGUUGUGGGUAUGGUAGUGGGGAGGAGAAAAAGAAUAAUUACAGCACAUGGAGUUUUUUGGAGGGCAGGCGUGAGUAAUUAUAUUUGCAGCAACUCUGCCAGAGCUGUGUGAAAGGGGCUUUAGGGCAAACUAGAAUUGGGACCUAUAUCUUUCACAGUAGUGUACAAGUCAACUAUGCGAGUGAUGGUCCUUUGCUGUUUGAACAUUACUGCAUAUAGGGAUCCAUGCAGGACAAUUAGCAUCUUUUCAAAAUGACAGCUUACGAGCUCUCCUUUAUUAUCAGCAUAGGGAUUGGGACCUCUGAAAAGGGAAGGAGCAAAUCACAGACGGGUAUCGGUAACAUCUCUUCUGCAGCUGUCUCUAAGUUUGGCUCAGUAUAGCAUGUUCAGAACUAGGGUGACCAGACAGCAAGUGUGAAAAAUUGGGAUGGGGGUUGGUGGUAAUAGUUGCCUAUAUAGGACUAAGCCCCAACUAUCGGGACUGUCCCUAUAAAAUUGGGACAUUGUCACCCUAAUGAACCCCACUGCCAACUACCUCAAAGCAGCUAUCAUACUAUAACUAGGAAAGGUUAAUAUUGUGUUCAGUAUCCUUCCCUCGUUCCAUGGUAAUUGUUUUCUCAAAAUAUAAAGUGUAGAAAGGGCUGCCCACUUUAAGCAGUUUUCUUUUAAAAUGUUUCACUUAAGACUGACUUAAAGGGAGGAAUGGGUUUUCUUACAAUCAUGUUACUGUGCAUGUGUCCAUUUAAAAAUCUUUCAUUUAGUUGUAUGUAUAGUGCAAAAUAAAGUUGACCUAAUUGUG